UUGCAAUCAAAAAAUCCAAGUCCAAAUUCUUCCAGCCAAUCAAAAAAUAUAAAAAUUAUUAUAUAGUAUCCUCGUUCUGUUUUUCUAUAGGUGUCAAUUAUAUAUAAAUAAUAUAAUUAUAAACUUUAUUAAAAACAAUAUAGAAUAAAAAAAUAUACCUUAAAAAAAAAAAAAAAAGAGCCCUCCGUUCUGUUUUUAGAAUAUCACAAUUACGUGGAGCUCCUGGUUAUAAAAAAUUAAAAAAAAAAAUUGAACUUUAAUAAAAUUAUUUAUAGAAAUAUAUAUCUUUUGAAUAAAAUUGGUUUAGGAUGAUUUCAAUUAAUUUUUGUACUCUCUUUCCUGGAAAGGAUGAUUUGAUUUGGAUUUAUUUAUUUAUUUUUUUUUUGGGUGUAACUAGGGAUGAUUUGAAUUAUUUUCGAUGAUAUAUAUAAGUUAAUAUAAUAUAUUUUAUAUUGACUACUAUAUAUAAAAUAAUAUUAUUUGAAGUGGGAAUAUUCAAAAUCGAUAGUCUCUGCUAUAGAAAAAAAAAAGAAAGAAAAAAAAAAAAAGGAAGAGAGAAGAAGAAGAAGAAGAAGGGAUUCAUGAUGGCUAAAACAGGGACAGCAGUGCCAUGGAAGCAGCUUCUUUUGGAUGCCUUGGACUCUAAUGCCCACCUUAAACACUCGUCCUUCUUUCAGCUUGCAACGGUGGGUUAUAAUGGCAGGCCUUCCAAUCGUACCCUUAUUUUUAGGGGAUUUCAAGGAGAUACUGAUAAGAUACAAAUCCACACCGAUUCUACAAGUCGCAAGAUUGAUGAGCUUAAGCAUUGUCCAUUUGCUGAGAUAUGUUGGUACUUCACCGAAUCUUGGGAGCAAUUCCGGAUUAAAGGAAGAAUUGAUAUUGUUGAUGGAUCAAAUCCUGAUCCUGUAAACCUUCAGGAAAGAGAGAAAUCUUGGUUUGCCAGAUCUCCAAGAUCACGCCUACUAUAUUUAGAUCCUGGCCAUCCGCUCGUAGAUGAAGAGUCACCAAAAGAAGUAUCUAUAGACCCUUCUGCAGGCCCAGUUGAUGCGUUUUGCCUUCUGGUUCAUGAUCCAGAGCAGGUUGAUUACCUGAAUUUGAAGAGCAACCAGAGGCUGACCUUUACAUCCAGACAUAAGGUCAAUGGAGACAAGUGGUGGACUUCAGAGAAAAUCAAUCCAUAAUGUCUGCUUUAUGAAUGAAAGACAUUUCCUUUCAGAGUAAGCAUUCUGUUUUCUCUAUGUUAUGAGAUACAAAAUUAAGGAGAUAAAUUCGUAUAUUUGGGAAUGUCA